GUCAUUGUCGCAGUUUUCAUGACAUGAGUGAGCGAGGCUACGUUUGCAUUUGCGAUCGUACAAAAUAAAAAUAAUAUUGUCGAGUAGGUGCUACCUACAUAUUUCAGUGAUUUCCAAUUGAUAUUUAAUCUAAAAUGUCGAAUUACCCAGAUAUAGUUAGUAAAUUUGGUAAAGAAUCUUCCAGAGCAGCUUGCAAGAAGUGUGGGUACGCCGGUCAUUUAACUUUUCAGUGCCGAAACUUUAUCAAAGUAGAUCCCAAUAAGGAGAUAGUAUUAGAUGUGAGUAGUACAAGCAGCGACAGUGAGGAAGAGUAUGCCACACCACUACAAAGUUUACGAGAAGCAGAGCUUAAACAAAAGCUACAGGAGAAGCUGAGGAAAGUUAAAGAGAAGAAGAAGAGUAAAAAACGGAAGAGAUCCAGAUCUUCAAGCACCAGCAGUUCCUCUUCAUCAUCAACAUCAUCGGACAGCAGCGACUCGGAGCGUGAGAAGAGGAAAAAACAUAAAAAGAAGAAAUCAAAGUCAAAGAAGUCAAAGAAAUCUAAAGAACACAAGAAGAGUAGAAAAUGAUAGUUUAUAUAACUUAGCAUAAGUGUUAGGAUUAAAAAGGGUUUGAAGAUUUGUGGCAUACCUACUGCCGCCAUUUUGAUUUUUUUUCAAAAUCGCGGCCAGCCAUGAAACGUAUAUAAAUCGAUAGCUGACAUUAAUACCAACAAAAAAUAUUAAAACAAUGACCCUCGUAAAGUGUCAGGUUUCUGAGAUAAUAACUGUCAAAGUUGAUCACGUGACAUCCUGUUCUGAUGAAUCAAGAUGUUAAAAAAAAUAACUUUUAGAACAAAUAUGUAUGUUGCAUUGUAUCUGGAUAUAUUUUUCAACUUAAUAACAUAUUUUGUGACCAUCUAUGUGUGAGCGCAGUAUCGUCAUUUGAUUUAAUAUAACAUUAUAGGGUAAAUAAAAGUAAUAGGUACCUCUUAUAGGAAUAAUCAUAAAAUUAAAAAUUCUCUUUACAUUUAUAUUGUGGCAUAGUUUUAUGGUUACCUACUACAAUUUCUCUUUGCGAAAAUAGUUAUAUAAACCUGGAUUUCUUUUUACAUUGGCACAAAAGGGAAAAAAAUUAAAAGUACGGAACAGUAUUUUAAUUGCCCGAUAAACAUUUUAAGGCAUCAUGCUUUUAGUAUACACAAUUUAAAUACUUUUGAGACUACAAACACAAAAAUCACAUUCAUAACAUCAAUACAAAUACUAAAUAACGAAUAACUCGCACAGAGAGGCGUUUACUCCCGCAUAGAAAGAACACAGGUAGCAAACUGAGUGCAGCGGUCGGGGGUAUAAAGGUCCGUCUCGCUUGCACAUUAGAAUAAUACAAUAUAUAAUCUUUUUUCUUGUUAUAUAUAACACCUAAAACAAUACCUAAUGAACAGUACGUCACCAUUUACUUUUUUGUCGUAGUAUGAAAUAUUCUUAUUAAGUACAUAGUAGCCGCAACAUGUAGAAAUAUCAUGAGGCAUAGUUAUCUAUGUUUUAUUAUUAAUAUUAUCUAUACAUAUUAGAAUAUUUUGUGUAUGUUUACACAUUGUUAUACCAAAUAGAUGGGAUUAUAGUCGCUAUUAAAAAAAAAUCACGUGAUCAAUUUUGACGGUUAUUUUCUCAGAAACCUGACACUUUAUGAAGGUCAUUGAAUUAAUAUUUUUUGUUGGCAUUAAUGUCAGCUAUCGAUUUAGAAAAGUUUCAUGGCUGGCCGCGAUUUUGAAAAAAAAUCAAAAUGGCGGCAGUAGGUAUGCCACGCUCCAUAGUAAAAUCUUCAAACCCCUUUUGUAAUUUGCAAGAAUAUAAACUUCAACAAAUUUUAAACCUUUACAUUUCAUUAUUAAUUACUUAAAAUAUUUAUUCAACAAAAUAAAAAAGGUGUGUGUAUGUUUAAUAUCUGUUUUAAGUAAUUAAUAUGAACAUGAGUUUAUGACCUCUAGUGUUCUUGGGAAUACAAUAUUGGUUGGGGCUCGUGGAGCAUCAGGCAUACAGGAAGCCUGUCUUCUGUAGCACGAGUUGAUGGUCUAUUAAAAAUGAUCCCAAAGAGAGCUCAUACUAUACUACAUUAUAUUAAAUGCAAAAACAUAUUUUUCAUCUCAGUUUUAAUCAAAGAAACAUUUUUUUUAAAUUAGAUUUUAAUGCAAUCAAUAAAAUUAUGCAAAUGUGAUGAAAUAAUUAUACUGUUUAAUAUAGACAUAGUAACUUAUAAUAGGUAGUAUAUUAAUUACAGCUGAGUUUUAUUAACCAUACUAAUUACUGGUCUGAUUAUAAAUUAUGUGUACAUGUUAAAAUUAUAAAAAACAAUACAAACAUUACGGCUAUAGCCUGUUCAAAUUUCCACGAGACCAAGUUUUAGAACCUAUCAGUUUCUGGCUUGCUAAAUCUAGUAUUUUGGUAUUGAGCAAACCAAAAUGUGUACUUAAAUGUAUGAUCAUCUAAUCCUAUACAUUAUAAUAAUCAUGGAAGACAAAAUGGGAAACAUUUGCCUAAUAGUGGGAUAUAAUUUUUAUUUUUGUUGCUGUACUAAAGUGGAUGAAAUGAAAAUGAAACCAAUACA